AGGCGCGUGCCAGUCCUCUCCUUCCCUUCCCCCUCUUAUGCCCAUCGUCCCACGAGGUCUUAUCAUAAAUACACGGCGUGGCAGUCUGGGCCAGUCUCUCGCGCUUCCAAAAGAGGGAAAUGGCCACUUGAGAAGAAGUUCGAUUUAAGCCUUCUUCUCCCUCCCUUUGCUUCGCUUCGAAGCGGCCAAGAAAAUCAUCGCCGCCGCCGUCGUCGGGGCCUAAAGGCACGGGCCAAUCACUGGGCAUGACCAAUCCGUCACUCCAUGUCACUCAUGGCCUCCCUAGUGUGCUCAAGCUGCUUCUUCUCUUGCUCCUGCCAGUUCACGCCGCUUCCCAGAGCGACACCGCACAGACCACGACGGCCGGAGCUCCCCAGCCGGCCGACCCGUACACGUACGGCCAGAGGUUCAACCCCUCCAUGGCCAUAAUCAUGGUGGUCCUGGUCAGCGCCUUCUUCCUUAUGGGCUUCUUCUCCGUCUACAUCCGCCAGUGCGCCGACAGGCGCUACCGCGGCGGGGAGGGCGGCGAGCCCUCCGGUCCCUACGCGUUCGGGCGGCGGUCGCUGCGGGCGGCGCGUGGGCUCGAUGCCUCGGUCAUCGACGCCUUCCCCACGUUCCUGUACUCGUCGGUGAAGGGGCUCAAGAUUGGGAAAGGGUCGCUGGAGUGCGCGGUUUGCCUGAACGAGUUCGAGGACCACGAGACGCUCCGCCUGAUCCCCAAGUGCAGCCACGCGUUCCACACCGACUGCAUCGACUCGUGGCUGUCGUCGCACACCACGUGUCCCGUCUGCCGGGCCGACCUCAUGCCCAAACCCGGCGAGACCCUCUCUCCGACCUUGCAGCUACCCCACCUGGACCAGGCACCCGACGCCAGCGGUCCGCAGGAUCAUGUCAGCGUCCAUGUCCAUCCCCACCACGAUGAGCCGCAAGCGACAAGUGAAGGAGCCAAGACAUCGCCAAGGCGGGACGCGGAUCUGACAGCCAACGAAGGCGUGCCACUUAGGUCGAGGUCCACCGGGAUGCGCCUCAAGAGGAUGUUCCUUUUCCCGCGGUCGCACUCCACGGGCCACUUGCUGUCGCUCGUCCGACCGGGUGACGACUGCGAGCGUUUCACCCUGAGGCUGCCCGAGGACGUGCGGAGCCGGAUCAUCAACGACGCGAGGCUGGACAGGGCGAGGAGCUGCGUGGCGUUCCCGCGGGCGAGCAGCUCGAGGACCGGUUACCGGAGCGGGAGCCGCCAGCCCGGUGAGAGGGAUCCGUCGAUCUUCGAGCGGUUCGACCGCGAAAGCCGGUCGGGCAGGUGGGCGCUCUCCACGACUCCGCCGUUCAUCUCCAGAACCGGCUCAACAAGGGCCGCGGCGAGGCAAGCCGGUGGCAGCGGGGUCGAGUUGGAUACGAACCCGCUGAGGAGCUCUCCGAAGUCGGAUAAGUCGCCGCCGUUCGAUACAUGGCUCGUGGGGAGGGACGUGGAGGCGGGUGAGAGGCCGACCGAUUGUCUUCGGCGGCCGAGUAGUCAAAACUUAGACGGGAGACUUGGACCUGGGGAGGUUUGAUUUUUGUGUGCAUAGUUUUUUGGUUAAUUUUGUCUUCUUCUUUUUUUCCCCAGUUAAUUUUGUUUGCGUGGGAAAAACAAGUGGGUCUUUGUACAAAGUCAUCGAACGUGGUUUUGCGAUAGGAUAAGGGGAGAGAAACGCAAUGGUUUGUUCUGAAUUUUGAUU